AUGGACCGUAGCCCUUAUUCUGUUCAAGUUAUUAGGCCAGGAUGGCGAACUAGGACUGACGAUGGAUGCGUACAGAGUAAAUGCAAUAUUGUUCUUGUUAACGGCCCCAUCGGUCCCAUGAUUAUCAACCCUGGUUCUGCUUGGGAUUCAUCCUUGCUCUCCAGCGCUCUAAAGAUGGCCGGGAUCGUCAACCCUGAACAAGACAUCAAAUAUGUAGUUUGCACAGACGGGAGAGCCGAGUUCGUUGGUUGUAUCAGCCUUUUUCAAGGAGCUGAGAUGAUUAUCGUCGGCCAUGACAUACAAAAGCGCGGCGAUAUAUUCUUGGAUCACGACUUUUAUAGUAUGAUUCCCUUCGAACUAGACGAGUUUGUAGGUCUUCUACCACUUGAUAAUUUUUAUUUAAGCAUUGGUUAUAUUUAUGAGCUUGAUUUUUAA